CAUGGACCGUACGUGCAGAGGACCAACGCGCCCUUGGAGUUUUCGAACGGAAGGUGUUGCGAACCAUCUACGGUGCGGAGUGCAGAUGAAAGACGGGACUUGGAGAAGGUGAAUGAUCCACGAGUGGAGACGACUCCAACGUACAACAGAGGACACUCAUGUCCAUAGUCGGACCAGUAAGGUAAGUACGAAAUGUAACUAGAAAAUACAUGAUGACCCACCCUGAUAAGGCAACCGAACUUCAAGAACAUUAAUUUUGAUGCUUGAAGAAACCUGAAGAAACAAGGCCUCCUUCGUCAAAGUGAAUUAUUAUGACAGUUGUCCUUGUCCAAAUGUAGCAGCGCAGCAUAAAAUGCCUGAAUUUGAACUUGUCGAUUACAAGGUGCUGGAAAAAAUCGGCGAGGGUUCAUUCUCCGAGGUGUAUCGCAUCAAGCACCGGCAAACGGGGCUGUUCUAUGCCGCCAAGAAGCUGAUCAAAGUCUACCUGGACUCGGCGGACGCUUUGCAGUGUUCCGAGAUCCAGGUGAUGCGGGUUCUUGACUACCACCCCAACGUGGUCAGCAUUGUCGAUAUUUUGCACGACCCGUUGAAUGGAAAUUUGACGUUGAUAAUGGAGUUGAUGGACAUGAGCAUGUAUGACUACAUCAAGAACCGGAAAAGGUGCCUCUCGGAGAAACGGGUCAAGCGGUUCCUUUUUCAGAUUGUUUCCGGGUUGCAUCAUCUGCACAGGAAUGGGAUCUUCCACAGGGACAUCAAACCGGAGAAUAUCCUAAUCAAAAUUCCGCACAAACUGAAGGAGAGCGAAUUGGUCCAGCUGGCGGAUUUCGGGUCAAUCUGUAGCAUUCACCAGCACCCUCCCUAUUCGGCGUACAUCUCCACGAGGUGGUACCGAUCGCCGGAGUGCUUGCUAACCUCCGGCUAUUAUGGGCCAAAAAUGGACAUCUGGGCCGUUGGAUGCUGCUUCUACGAGAUGCUCACUUUGAACCCUUUAUUCCCGGGGGAAAACGAAUUGGACCAGUUGCAUCUGAUCCACCAGGUCGUGGGAUCCCCGUCCGCCGCCGUGCUGGCCAAAUUCAGGCAUUUGAAUCAGCUGAACUACGAAUUUCCCAAACGAAAACCGACCGGAUUCCGGGUGCUGAUUCCGUUGCUCAGCAACUACGGAGUGGAUGUUUUAAAUCGCACCUUGGCGUACGUUCCGGAGGCUAGAAUAAGCACCGAAAAACUACUACAGCAUGUGUACUUUGAGGAUAUCUGCAAAAGCAAGAAAUCUUCUCGGUUAUCAUCUUCUAUGCAGUGUCUUGACAACGUGGGAGAUGGCAAUGGCAACAAAAGCAGUCCUCGGCGGAAGAGUACCAAAAGUUCUAUCGGCAGCACGGAAUCGCUGAACCGCUCUCUCCAUAGCAAAGCGAGCAGCGUUAAUACCACUCUAUCGACGGCAACGAGGAUCAACGGACGCUCAAGCAACAGAACCAGCUCCUCCGGCUACCAACAGCGCAACCUAGCGGCAGAAAUGAUCAAGAACAAGAACCUCGAACGGAUGUGGGGCAUGAACCCAAGCCCGGGAAAAACGCGACUAGGACAACAGUUAACCACCACCCGGGCGAGAGUAUAGGGCCCCCACGACGAAGGAAGCAGUUUCUUUUUUGUCUAAGUCCGCGAGCAGUGAGAGAUUUAUAUUUUUUAGGAAAAUAUUUUAUUAUAGCAUC